AGAUAUCUAAUCGUUUAUUUGCUGUUCAUAAAAUUAAUUCUAUAUACAUAUACAAAUAUUUUUCAUCAAAAAUUCUUUAGAGAAGAAUUAUCAUUUCGAGACUUAAUUAUAGCCCUCAUAUGUUUAUUCGGCCUCUUCCUUCAAAGUAUCCUUCAAUGUAAUAAUGAACUAUUAUCAUAUCGAAAAAAUCACAUGAUAACAAAAAGGAAAAAUGGAAAAUAUCGUAUCGCAUUUGGUUGCCGCAAUUCGCGCGCGUAUGACCGAUCUCUUCGUGUCGUACGAGCAGCCUAAAUAUAGAGUGACACUGUGGCAUUAAUUUGUUGAAUGGAAAGAUAGGUGCGUUCAUGCUCGAGGGGGACCGAGCAUCAUUGUGGGGUAGAUCGCGACGGGGUACGGCAGAAAUCUCGGCAUCCGUGCGAGCCCUACCUCAAAGUCGUGUUCAGUUAAACGUUCGGCUAAAAAAAAGGGGUAACUCCAUUCCCCUUCUCAAAAGUUCCACAUUCUAUACUGAAGAUCUCGGAAGUGAUCUCGCACGUGGAAGAAGCAGAAUAUUUAGCAGGAUGCCGAGAUAAGGACCAGUGCAAGAACAUUGACAGUGCAGGAAGACUGGAUAUUUUGGAUCGUGACAACUGCCGUUUUAAUCAGAAAGAAGAGCACAAGUUACACACAGUUGGCGAGCCGAUCUCCACUCACGAUCGACCUGUUAGGAUGAGGUGAGUUCUGCAAUUUCGAUCUCAUCCCGCGAUUUCGUCGCCGCAACGAAUAAUGCCUUCAAGGGGAUCGACCGGCCGUCCCAAGGUAGACAGAUCCACUAGUCCUCUGCCGAGGAAACCGGCAGCGAGUCCCGUGAAUCCGGUACAGGAGCUGAAGGCCCUCUUCUCCGAGCCCACCAACAACCGAGCUCCCUCCAAUGGCGAAAAAGAGUCAGACUUUCGUUUUGAAGCGAUACAAUGCCUGCGACAGUCCUCGAUCAUUAAGAGGCCCAAGGACCUACCAGAACGAGGAAACUGGAGCAGCAAGAUCGAAUUCAUUUUGUCCGUCGUGGGACUGGCCAUAGGUUUGGGAAAUCUAUGGCGAUUUCCAUAUCUUUGUUAUAAAAAUGGCGGUGGUGCUUUUAUGGUGCCCUACUUCAUCGCGCUUGCACUGGCCGGUAUACCUAUGUUCCUGAUGGAACUGUCCUUAGGUCAGAUGCUGACGAUAGGUGGUCUAGGUGUUUUUAAAAUAGCACCUAUUUUCAAAGGCAUUGGAUAUGCAACCUGCGUGCUUUCCUGCUGGACCAAUGUGUAUUACAUCAUCAUUCUCGCUUGGGCGCUUUUCUACUUCUUGGUCUCCUUACGUGCUGACGUACCAUGGAGAACCUGCGACAACUCGUGGAAUACGCGUUACUGUAUCACGCCUGAUGAACGUUUGAACGUGUCAUGCUGGCAGGACGACUACUGGCCAAAUAAUGUCAUAUGUGCCACAUCCUUCGGAAAUUUGAGCCACAGGCUGUUGAAGGAUCCAGUGAAGGAAUUUUGGGAGAGGCGCACCCUAAUGAUAUCCUCGGGCAUCGAAGACGUAGGUAAUAUAAGAUGGGAACUGGCCGGCACUCUCGCGGUCGUGUGGAUCAUGUGUUACUUUUGCAUCUGGAAAGGCGUUAAAUGGACCGGCAAGGUCGUCUAUUUCACGGCGCUCUUUCCGUAUGCUUUGCUGGUGGUACUGCUCGUGCGAGGCUUGACGCUUCCCGGCGCUUCGGAAGGUUUGAAGUAUUAUGCUACACCGAAUCUUUCGAAACUCGGCGAUCCUGAGGUAUGGAUAGACGCGGUAACGCAGAUAUUCUUCACUUACGCUCUCGGCCUAGGCGCAUUGGUAGCUCUAGGCAGUUACAACAAAUUUAACAAUAAUGUUUACAAAGAUGCUCUCAUCGUAUGUGGAGUCAAUACUUGUACCAGCCUGCUUAGCGGAGUAGUCAUAUUUUCUGUGGUUGGUUUUAUGGCCCAUGAACAACAGAAACCAGUGGCCGAUGUAGCUGCUUCUGGACCCGGUUUGGCCUUCUUAGUUUAUCCCUCGGCGGUAUUGCAACUACCCGGGGCGUCAAUUUGGUCAAGUCUAUUUUUCUUUAUGCUUCUUCUAAUAGGGCUGGAUAGUCAGUUUUGUACCAUGGAGGGCUUCAUCACCGCUGCUGUGGAUGAGUGGCCGCGAACACUCAGAAAACGGAAGGAAUUGUUCAUCGCGAUUGUAUGUCUGAUCUCGUAUCUAAUCGGGCUUCUAUGCGUCACAGAAGGCGGAAUGUACGUGUUUCAACUGUUGGACACGUAUGCCGUAAGCGGAUUUUGCUUACUCUUCCUGAUGUUCUUCGAGUGCAUCUCCGUCUCAUGGGCAUUCGGGGUGGACCGAUUUUAUGAUGGCAUACGAGACAUGAUAGGCUACUAUCCUUGUUUCUGGUGGAAAAUAUGCUGGACAUUUACCACACCUGCUAUUUGCGUGGGUGUGUUCAUCUUUAAUAUCAUUAAAUUCGUCCCUGUGAAAUACCUCACGUAUGAAUUUCCGUGGUGGAGCCAUUUAUUGGGAUGGCUCGCGGGUCUUUCCUCGAUGUUAUGCAUUCCAGGUUACAUGAUUUAUAUCUGGUGCGUUACAUCCGGAACUACCUCAGAGAAAUAUCGGAAAUUGAUAAAAAUAGAAGACGAUGUUGCUGCCUUGCGGAAGAAACUCAAUCCAGUCAAAGCCGCUACCAUCGACGCGGAAUUUGAAUUAUAAAAUCGUAUUCAUGCCUUUUUCAAUCACAUAGAUUAUUUGAUGGAUGCGAUGAACUAUAGUAUGCUAAUGGGAAAGAUUUGAGCGCGCAAUUGAAUGUUUGCGAUUCAGAAUACAUCAGAGAUUUCACUAGAAUAGCAUCAAGAUGAGGUAUCAUGCGUUUAUUCAUUUUGAGCGCAACCUCAUCGAGAAAAACGACGUUUAUUAAUUAAACUAAUCUAUUAUAUAUCUCUAUAAUCUGCUUUCAACAUACCGUAUGAAAAGAAAACGACAAUAAUAAAAAAACUUUGCGAUUC